AUGUCGUUCAAGUUUGACUGGCAAAAUUUUGCCAACGAAGAGCAGUUCCUCUCCAGAGUUAAGGGGCUGUUAACCAAUGCGCUGAACAAAAAGAAACCUCCGAUUAUCGUGGACACUAUUACCGUUCAAGAGCUUGAAUGGGGGUCUGAGUCGCCAUCUUUGGAAAUUUUGGAGGUCGGUGACCUCGCUUCCGAUAGAUUCAGGGGAAUCUUCAAGCUGAAUUACUCUGGCAGCGCGCGAAUAACAUUGGCCACAAAAGUUCAGGCAAAUCUGCUGAAUGUGUACGCGGCCGCAGCACCAAAGUUUACAAUGCCAGAUUUUGUCAGUGCUCAAUCGUCGUUCUCGAUUCCGUUGAAUCUGACAUUGAGCGAUUUUGUUUUGAGCGGAAUCGUUAUCCUUGUAUUUUCCAAAGCUAAAGGCUUGACGCUCGUUUUCCGCAACGAUCCGCUCCAAAGCAUUCGUGUAAGCUCUACCUUUGACCAUGUACCAGCGAUUGCUUCCUUUUUACAGUCCCAGAUUGAAACCCACAUGAGGACACUGUUCCGCGAAGUCCUGCCGGCCCUGCUCUAUGCUUUGAGCUUGCAAUGGACACCCAACCAGUUUGAGCACCAUCUUCUUCCUGAGAACCGCAGUGAGCCGGUUAAAUUUGUUGAUAUCGAUGAAGAAAAACACUUCAGUUUGGUGAAUAUAUUAAGAUUGGAGGCCAUGUCGCAGUCUCGCCACACCCUGGCCAUAUCUCCCUUGAAAAUUCCUACUGCAAUUUACAGAGCUGAACUGUAUCGCCGCCAAUGCCGUGAUAAUGAGCGCCCCGUGGGCUUGUUGGGAGAUGCAAUGUACGACCAUGUUCAUGAUCAGGCCACUCGCAUUGCCUCCCACUCUAAUCACAAGCCGAAGCGCCGGGUUAUCAAGAUCCAAAAACCUGCUGCUGAAAAGCCCUCUCCAGUUUCAUACUUCCCUGUUGUCACGACCCCUCCUCAGAGGCCUACAUCAGCUCCUCCCGUUGUUUCUGAUGAGGUCGCAACGCUAGGAGAUCCCAUCGACAUCAAGUCUGAACUGACCCCCACGAAACCUGCUACACCCAAGAAGGCUGUACUCCCGGCAGCUACACAAAGCUCACCAACCAAACAGACACGUGAGCAAUUGGUCAAGGAAACCAAGGCUUUGAUCUAUUCUCUCAAAAGACAUGAAAGAAAACUUGCGAAACCUGACCAGAAAUCUCCUGUUAUUUAUCCCGUUGAAGAAGGACCAGAAGAUCUUCCUCCGGCCUAUGUGGCCUAA